AUGUCUGGAAAGACGAUCUGCUUGGCCAUUGUUGCGCUGUCAGUGCAAGGUGCUGCGCGAGCACCUCCAUGUGCUUUUGAAGGCCGUGGCUACACCGACAUGAAAGUGACAUCACCCAGUGGUCGUGAGCUCGAUGCCACAAGUUGCCAGAAGGCGUGUCAGCUCGAACCAACAUGUGAGUUCUUCACACACUACAACAACUCGCACAUGUGCUGGUUGAUGGGCAAAUCAGCAACGCUGAUGGACCAACCUGAUCCCAAGGCCACAAGCGGAGCCAAGAGUUGUACUUCAGGAGUUGCCCCUGGUGCGGCCAUCACCAUCACCGGCGACGCCACUCCGGACCAAGUGGCCGCUGGCGUGGCAGUGGAGGCAGAGGCUGCAGCGGGCGGGCCGGAAGCGUUGCCGGCUGUGGAGGAGAUCCACCGAAAAGCCGAAGCUGCCUAUGGUCGCAUCAUGGACCAGGCGACCAAGGUUGCUGACAUGCGAGUGGUUUCGACCAAGUUGCGCGGGAGGAAGAAAACAACAACAUACUGGAAACUCGAAGGAAACUACGUCUUGAUGGCGAUCCUGUGUACGAUGUAUGCCGGCUUCUGUUGUGUUGCCCUGUACCAAGGCUGGUUAGAGCGGAUUCACAGGGAGCAGCAGCAGGAGAUGCAAGCGAAACUUUCACCACCAGAGGAUUUGGAGAUGGCUUCGGGAGCGGAGUCUGAUGGCGCCAGUCCGAACAAAGCUUUCGGGAUUUCUGGCGCCUCAACCAGAACCCUCUUCCCGUUGCCGCGAGAGACUCCACGGGUUUAUUACGAAUACACUGGAGGGGCCGUCGGCGGCUGUGUGCCUGACGCGGCUGCAUUACAAUUUCAACGAGAAUUCGUGGUGCAAACAGAGAAAUCGGGGCCACAGCAGCCGGAACGCAAACGGCCGCCCCAUGGAGUUGCGAACGCGACGGAGAAACAGAGUUUCGCCACGCCCGACUGGUACUGGCACGUUGUUGGAGAG